GGCUCUCGGGCGCCCGCCCCGCCCUGGCCCUCUGCUGCCGCCGCCUCCCCCGCCCGGCGCCAUGGCCGCUGCGGCCGGGGACGGAGCGGUGAAGCCGCUGCAGAGCGCCAUGAAGCUGGCCAACGGGGCCAUCGAGCUGGACACGGGCAACCGGCCCCGGGAGGCAUAUAUGGAAUACCUGAGGAGCAUUCACUACAUUUCCCAGGUGUUACUGGAAGAGGUGGAAACGACUAAAGAAGCUGGGGAAACUGUGCUCUCUGACACCUCAAAGAUGCUGAAGCUGGCGGAGCAGUGUCUGGAGAGGGCCCAGUCCACAGCCGCCAAGCUUGGGAAAACACGCCUGAAGCCAGCCGUGCCCGUGGCUGCUCCAGUCCCCUCACCCACCAGCCGACACCGUCGGGUGUAUUCAGAUGAAGGAGGGAAGCUCUCUCCUUUUCUGCCACCUGAGAUCUUCCAGAAGCUUCAGGUGGUAGAGUCACAAAGCUCUAAGAAAGAGCUGACGCCACUGGAGGAGGCCUCGCUGCAGAACCAGAAGCUGAAGGCUGCAUAUGAGGCCCGGAUGGCGCGUCUAGACCCCAGCCAGGCCAUGCAGAAGACAUCCCUGACCCUGUCUCUGCAGAGGCAGAUGAUGGAGAACCUGGUGAUCGCCAAAGCCCGGGAGGAGACGCUCCAGCGCAAGAUGGAGGAGCGCCGGCUGCGGCUGCAGGAGGCCGCCAACAGGAGGUUCUGCAGUCAGGUCGCCCUGACCCCGGAGGAGCGCGAGCAGCGCGCGCUCUACGCCGCCAUCCUCGAGUACGAGCAGGACCACGACUGGCCAAAGCAUUGGAGGGCCAAGCUCAAGAGGAGCCCAGGGGACCUGUCGCUGGUGACUGGCCUGGUCUCACACCUGCUCAGCCUUCCCGACCACCCCAUCUCGCAACUCCUGAAGAAGCUCCAGUGUGCCGUGUACAGCACACUGUACCCUGUCGUGAGCAGGGCCGCCUCCAGCGCCGCGCCUGCCCCCGGCUGCUGCUCCCUGCCCCCAGACACUGACCGGCUGCUGGCUCCUGGGAGCCGCCGGCUCCGGUCCUCGCAGAGCCUCUACUGCAUGGUCUCCCCGCCAGAGCCCAGCACAGCCCCGCGGCCCCAGGACGGCUCCCCUGCGCCCCCCACCACACCCCCGCUGUACCCUGGCCCCCCGGACAGAGGGGCAGAAAGCAGCCCCGGGGGGCCACCCUCACCCCUGGGGGAUGCCUCCUCCCACCUGCCAGACAAAGACAGCUCUUUUGAGGACCUGGAACAGUUCUUGGCUACAUCUGAGAGGUGGGGCCGGGGUCUUGGGGGGCAGCCCGAACCACAGACCCCCGGGGCACAGCAGGAGCCCCUGCCGGAGCAGCUGAAGAGCGCGGUGAAGGACAUCCACAACGCCAUCGACAGACUGCUCUCGCUGACACUUCUGGCCUUCGAAAGCCUGAACACGGCUGCCUCCAAGGACCGUUGCCUGGCAUGCAUUGAAGAGCCUUUCUUCUCCCCGCUGUGGCCCCUGCUGCUGGCCCUGUACAGGAGCGUGCACCGCGCCCGGGAGGCUGCCCUGAGCAGGAGCAUGGAGCUCUACAGGAACGCGCCCCCCACAGCCAUCGGCGUCCCCACCAAGCUACUGCCCCGGGACCCUGAGGCUAAAGGGGCCACCGCCUACCCCUACUGUGCAGCAGCUCAGGAGCUGGGGCUGCUCGUCCUGGAGAGCUGCCCCCAGAAGAAGCUGGAGUGCAUAGUGCGGGCCCUGCGGGUCAUCUGUGUCUGUGCGGAAGACUACUGCCAUGCCCAGGAGGUCGCAUCCGAGGCCGGACUCCAGCCCGUGGCUGCGGCCGCCAUUGGCGCGGACGACCUGCUGCCCAUCCUGUCCUUCGUGGUGCUGAGGAGCGGCCUCCCCCAGCUGGUGUCGGAGUGUGCGGCCCUGGAGGAGUUCAUCCACGAGGGGUACCUGAUUGGAGAGGAAGGCUACUGCCUGACAUCGCUGCAGAGCGCCCUCAGCUACGUGGAGCUGCUGCCCCGGGGGGCCCUGGGCAACUCGUAAAGGCCAGACCCCGGGGUUCCCAGGACCAUCCCUCCUGUACCUCAGAGCCCCAGGACCCACCGAGGACUGUCCAGGAGCUCACGCUGCCCUGCACACCUGGCACCGGGGCUGGGGGCGUGUCGGCUGGGGUGCUCUCAGCCCUUGCCACCCCCUUACUGCACAUCUGCCCCCAGGCCGCAGGCAGCACCCAAUCAGCCGCCAGGACCAGAGACUAAGAGGCCCCAUCAGGGGAGCUGAGCUGGGGGCUCCCCUGGUGUCCCCCAGGCCCUGACAGGGCCCUGUCCCCCGUGGCUGCAGGCUCCGCGGUGAGCAUCUGGCUGGGCCCCAGCACGCCCUCACUGACCGGGGCAGCUCCUGGGGGCGUCAGAGCAGAGGUGUUACUAGCCCACCCACAGCAGCAGGCAGUGGGGCCCGCCCCCUGCGGCUGUCAAAGCUCCUCUGAGCCAGCUCCUCGUCAGAGCUAAGAGCUGGCCGCCCCCGCCCAGGCCUGGGGCACGGGUGGUGCCAGACUGGGGCUUCCUCACUGGGCGGGGCUGCUCUGCGGUGCCUGACGGGCCAGGCACCUGGGCCCUGAGCUGGCUCUCACUCACCGUGGCAGCAGGCGGUGAGCAUUCGGGACCCCAGGCCAACUCCGCCCUGAAUGUCCUCCCCCAGGGCAGUGUGAGCUGAGGUCAGCGCCCAACGGUUAGGUGACCCCUCGUGAUCACCA